UUACAGAGCUUUCUUUUCAGUGUGGAGCGGCUGGAUGGUGCCACACAAACCGUGCUGAUCCUUCAAAGUGGCACCAUUAACAUAUUAGGAAUCGGACAAACGACACCAUGGGCAUUAAAUUUUUGGAAGUCAUAAAGCCCUUCUGUGCGGUCUUACCUGAGAUCCAGAAACCAGAAAGAAAGAUUCAAUUUAGGGAAAAAGUACUAUGGACUGCCAUCACUCUCUUCAUCUUCCUGGUGUGCUGCCAGAUUCCUCUCUUUGGCAUCAUGUCAUCAGACUCAGCAGAUCCUUUCUACUGGAUGAGAGUAAUCUUGGCUUCCAACAGAGGUACUCUGAUGGAGCUGGGCAUCUCACCCAUCGUCACUUCGGGGCUCAUCAUGCAACUGCUUGCAGGAGCCAAGAUCAUUGAAGUUGGUGACACCCCAAAGGACAGAGCUCUGUUCAAUGGAGCUCAGAAAUUGUUCGGAAUGAUCAUCACCAUUGGACAGGCCAUUGUGUACGUGAUGACGGGCAUGUAUGGAGACCCCUCUGAAAUGGGUGCUGGGGUCUGUCUGCUCAUCAUCAUUCAGCUGUUUGUUGCCGGUCUGAUUGUGUUGCUGCUGGAUGAGCUGCUGCAGAAGGGAUAUGGUCUGGGCUCUGGUAUCUCCCUGUUCAUCGCCACCAACAUUUGUGAGACUAUUGUCUGGAAGGCCUUCAGCCCCACUACUGUCAACACUGGCAGAGGUACUGAGUUUGAAGGAGCCAUCAUUGCUCUCUUCCAUCUGCUGGCCACCAGGACAGACAAGGUGCGUGCCUUGAGGGAGGCCUUCUACAGACAGAACCUUCCCAACCUCAUGAACCUCAUCGCCACCGUCUUCGUGUUCGCCGUGGUCAUAUACUUCCAGGGCUUCAGAGUGGAUCUGCCCAUUAAGUCAGCCCGCUACCGUGGACAGUACAACACCUACCCCAUCAAGCUGUUCUACACCUCCAACAUUCCCAUCAUCCUCCAGUCUGCCCUUGUGUCCAAUCUGUACGUCAUCUCUCAGAUGCUGUCGACUCGGUUUAGUGGCAACUUCAUUGUUAACCUGCUGGGGACCUGGUCUGACACUUCUAGCGGAGGCCCAGCCCGUGCCUACCCGGUGGCUGGUCUCUGCUACUACCUCUCUCCCCCGGAGUCGUUUGGCUCCGUCCUGGAUGACCCGGUCCAUGCUGUCAUCUACAUCGUCUUCAUGCUGGGAUCCUGCGCCUUCUUCUCCAAGACCUGGAUCGAGGUGUCAGGGUCCUCCGCCAAAGAUGUGGCCAAGCAGCUGAAGGAACAGCAGAUGGUAAUGAGAGGACACAGGGAGACCUCCAUGGUUCAUGAGCUCAACAGGUACAUCCCUACUGCUGCUGCAUUUGGAGGUUUAUGCAUAGGAGGGCUGUCUGUCAUGGCUGACUUCCUGGGUGCCAUUGGCUCUGGUACUGGAAUCCUAUUGGCUGUCACCAUCAUCUACCAGUACUUUGAGAUCUUCGUCAAGGAGCAGAGUGAAAUGGGCAGCAUGGGAGCUCUACUGUUCUAGAAAGCACAUCCUUUAACACAUACAACAGACACAUGCCUCCAUCCUUCAAAUUAUUUUCUUUAGCAUUUUGUUAAAUGCGCACAAUCAAUACAUUCUUGUCCUGGGAAGUGUGCUUGUUCUCAGCCACUAAUGUGUUCCCAGUAGCCCUCAAGGUUUCAAUACAGGCUGGGUUUUAUUUGGGAGUGGAAAUGAGCAGCUUGUCUCAGUGUUCAGCAUGGAAUUGAGCUUCUUCUGCCUCUUUCUAUUACCCUCCUCUCUUCAUCAGACCAUCCAGGUUAAGUCUUUACCGACUGUCCUAUCUUCUGAAGCAUGGUGAAAAGCGCAAAGGUCUGAGAUUGUCGUGGACAUACCUCAGGCUUAAUUUGCUGACAUUUAACCAUCUAGUCACCAUCUGAUGGAGUUAGUGUUUAAACUCACUUUUGGAGAGUGAAAAAAGCCAUGUUCAUUUCAGGUAAUUGAACGCUGCACAUGGGGUUUUAAGAGUAUGUUAUUAGAAUGCAUUACAUAUACUUGUACAUGUCUUUCUGAAAUGGCUCAAGGAAUCUCCCAAAAAGCUUAGUUGGUUUUCAUUUAUAUUGAUGUUUUAAAUCAUGAAAUACUUGUUUUCACGCAGGUCUUAUCAAGGGCACAAUGUCCUGUCUGGGUCCUAAAAGGGAAGUGUGUGUCUGUAGUCCACUUUUUUAGUCCCAGACUGAAUCGCUGCAAAAACUGCCUGAUGUGGUUGGAUGAGGGUGGGUUUGGUAGGGAAAGAAUGGGGGCUCGUUUUUGGUUCUUACUUUCUGUAUUGGACAUAAUUGUAUUAUUAAAAAUGAUUUUUUUCCAACA